CCCAUCCCGAGGGGCGAUUUGGUGGGCUUUCCCUGGCCCGGAGAGUAAGGGAACCCCAGUCGCUUUCUCUCUCCAGAUAUUUAUUUCUCUAUCCAUCGGACAGGCAAGAGAAAGGAAAGAACAAGACCAGUCUGGCACGAAGACGUCGUUUUGUACCCAUAAGGAGUCCGGCCAGCUUCCCCCACUCCCCUUUUCACUUAUCUCGACUCCAUAUUGUCCGUCCUUGUCGCCAUCACUUCGCUUUCUCUUUCAUCAUUGUAUAGAUUGCUCGUUUUCUGUUUCUGGACAAACUAAGCCCUCCUUUUUCUUGUAAAUUUCCCCUUUUUACAAUCGUCGUCGAGACUUCGCACUUGUGCUAUUGAACGCCAGAUAGAUCGUACAUUGUCGCCGCCAUGUUUUUCUCCCAGCAACCCACCCACCUCGCUCGUGCGGAGGAAUUGAGACAAGAACCUCCCAAGGGCACUCCAUAUUCGGUUGCUAUUCCUGGCACCGAGCAACCCGGGCGGAGCAAAGUCUACCGUGCUUGGAAUCUCCAGAAUGAGCUUUUAAAGACCUUGGACCCCAAGAUUCUCACGGCGCAUGAUGUCUUCGAGUCGACCGCGAAUCGAGGCCCAAAAGCCCAUUGCCUCGGAUGGCGUCCUUACGACCCGGUCACAAAGACCUAUGGCCCUUACCAGUGGAUGGACUAUGAGACCGUUCGAAAGCGAAGAGCUGCAUUUGGCGCCGGCUUGGUGGAACUGCACAACAAGCAUGGCUGCGGACGCUCGGGACCAUACGGGAUUGGAUUGUGGUGUCAAAAUCGGCCAGAAUGGCAGAUUACUGAUCUGGCAUGCAUGUCCCAGUCCCUCUACUCGGUCUCGAUCUAUGAUGUCCUCGCCUCGGAUGCCACCGAGUAUAUCAUCAACCAUGCUGAACUGAACUGUGUUGUCACUUCCUUGCCGCAUAUUCCCACUCUGCUCAAGCUCAAGCCCUCUUUGCCCAAUCUUAAGAUCAUCGUGAGUCUGGACCCUCUGGAUGCUGGCGAACCCGCCGGCCACUCCAAGCGUGCGCUCCUGGAAUCAAUCGCGGCCGAUCUGGACGUCGUAAUCUAUACCAUGGAUCAGGUUGAGGAACUGGGCACCGCUUCGAAUCGUCCGUGCGUUCCUCCGUCUCCUUCGGACAUCGUCACUAUCAACUAUACCUCCGGUACUACCGGUCCUCCAAAGGGUGUGGUCUUGACCCAUGAAAAUGCCGUGGCUGCUGCCUCUUCGGCUCUCGUCAACAUCCAGCAGGCCCCGGGUGACACGAGUUUGUCUUAUCUCCCGUUGGCCCAUAUCUAUGCCCGUUUAGCGGAGCAUACCGCUUUCUGGGCGGGUGCGCGUAUCGGCUACUUCCACGGUAACAUCGUCGAACUGGUUGACGAUAUCAAGGCGUUGAAACCUACGGCAUUCCUGUCUGUGCCCCGUCUUUAUAGUCGCUUUGGCAACGUCAUUCGUGGUGCCACCGUGGAGCAACCCGGCUUCAAGGGUGCCCUGUCAAGACACAUUGUUGCCGCCAAAACUGCCAAUCUGAAGAAUCCCGACCCUAGCAAAGCCACCGUGAAGCAUGCUCUAUACGACAGAAUCUGGGCCAAGAAGGUCGCUGCGGCCAUUGGUUUGGAACGGUGUAGAUUCAUGGUUUCUGGCUCGGCACCCCUCGACCCGUCCUUGCACAACUUCCUGAGAGUUGCCUUUGGAGUCGACUUCAUCCAGGGGUACGGUCUGACUGAGACGUACGCCAUCGCAAGCUCGCAGUCUGCGAAGGAUCUUACCGCCGGCAACUGUGGGCGUAUCGCUCCUUCCACCGAAGCCUGUCUAAUGUCUCUGCCUGACAUGGAAUAUUCGGUCGAUGACAAGCCUUUCCCGCGGGGUGAGUUACUUCUGCGUGGUACCAAUAUCUUCAGGGAAUACUUCAAGAAUCCGGAGGAGACAAGCAAAGCAAUGACCGAGGAUGGUUGGUUCCGCACUGGGGAUGUUUGCACAAUUGAUGAAAUGGGUCGCUUUAUUAUCAUCGACCGCCGGAAGAACGUCCUCAAGCUUGCCCAGGGAGAGUACAUCUCUCCCGAACGGCUUGAAGGCCUCUACCUGUCUGAGCUUAGUUACUUUGCUCAAGGCUACGUUCACGGCGACAGCAUUCAAACUUUCCUGGUUGGCAUUUUCGGUGUCCAGCCCGAUGCAUUCGCUCCAUAUGCUAGCAAAGUCCUCGGUCGGACUAUCGACGCUACAGACAUUGAGGGACUGGAGUCGGUUCUGAGUGAUGACAAGGUCCGCAAGGCUGUGUUGAGGGACCUCGAAAAGGUCGCCAAGAAGCACAAGCUUGCUGGUUACGAAAGGGUCAAGAACUGUGCUUUGCUCAUUGAGCCUUUCUCGGUUGAGAAUAACCUGCUGACACCGACUCUCAAGCUGAAGCGUCCUCCUACCGCGAAGAAGUAUCGCCAGCUCCUGGAUCAGCUUUAUGAGCAGGCUCUGGAGGAACAAUCCGCUCCCAAGGCUAAGCUGUAAAUGUGGUUUGACUUCUUUUCUUGUAUAGAAUUAUACCAGUCCUUCAAGUUAUCUGUGCUCGUGGUGUAGUAUAGCCAAUCUCUUAAAGCAAUGUACAUAUGUUUGAAUGGUCUUUGGCCUUGCGGAACAGCAGAUAGUGCACAUGCCAUAUUAGAAUUCUAUAAACUGCAGUC